AUGCUGACAGUCCUGCCGACAGGUGACUUGGCUUCUGCACAGUUGGGAGGAGCACCAAACCGAUGGGAGGUUUUAUCAAGUACACAGUCAACUAUAAAAGAUGAAGCUGGUAAUCUAGUACAGAUUCCAGGUGCUGCUACUUCGAGUGGGCAGUAUGUCCUUCCCCUUCAGAAUUUGCAGAAUCAACAAAUAUUUUCAGUUACACCAGGAUCAGAUUCAUCAAAUGGUACAGUGUCCAAUGUUCAAUAUCAAGUAAUACCACAGAUUCAGUCAAUAGAUAGUCAGCAGGUUCAGAUUGGUUUCACAGGCUCUUCAGAUAAUGGGGGUUUAAAUCAAGAAAGUGGUCAAAUUCAGAUCAUUCCUGGAUCUAAUCAGUCUAUGCUUGCUUCUGGAACACCUCCUGCUAAUAUCCAGAACCUUAUGCCACAAACUGGUCAAGUCCAGGUCCAGGGAGUUGCAAUUGGUGGUUCAUCUUUUCCUGGCCAAACUCAAGUAGUUGCUAAUGUCCCUCUUGGUCUGCCAGGAAAUAUUACCUUUGUACCAAUCAAUAGUGUCGAUCUAGAUUCUUUGGGACUCUCAGGCAGUUCUCAGACAAUGACUGCAGGCAUUAAUGCCGAUGGACAUUUGAUAAACACAGGACAAGCUAUGGAUAGUUCAGACAAUUCAGAAAGGACUGGUGAGCGAGUUUCUCCUGAUAUUAAUGAAACUAAUACUGAUACAGAUUUAUUUGUGCCAACGUCGUCUUCAUCACAGCUACCUGUUACUAUAGAUAGUACAGGUAUAUUGCAACAAAACGCAAAUAGCUUGACUACAUCUAGUGGGCAAGUCCAUUCUUCAGAUCUUCAGGGAAAUUAUAUCCAGUCGCCUGUUUCUGAAGAGACACAGGCUCAGAAUAUUCAGGUUUCUACAGCACAGCCUACACAUCUACAGCUUCAAGAGUCUCAGCAGCCAACCAGUCAAGCCCAAAUUGUGCAAGGUAUUACACCACAGACAAUCCACGGUGUGCAAGCCAGUGGUCAAAAUAUAUCACAACAGGCUUUGCAAAAUCUUCAGUUGCAGUUGAAUCCUGGAACCUUUUUAAUACAGGCACAGACAGUGACCCCUUCUGGACAGAUAACUUGGCAAACCUUUCAAGUACAAGGGGUCCAGAACUUGCAGAAUUUGCAAAUACAGGUGUAA